AUGAGAUUUGCCAAAGAAAAUACGACCCUAACUCCAAUAGAAACGCAAUAUCUCAUUAAUGAGAUUGUCAAGGCUAGAGAAGCCGUCGAUGCAAGGAAUAAACGGGGCGAAGAAUCCUUUUGCCCUAUUUGCAAGCUUCCAAAACAUUCGAGUAGAUAUUGUGAACAUUGCAUGCGUGUAAAAUUAAAAAAGGAAGUAUGGACAUCAGGAAAUCCUAAAAUCGAUGCCUUUCUUCGAAAACAUCAAGAUGAAAGCCCUGUACCAUAUUGCAUUAUCGAGUGGAUUGAAUUCCGUGAUUUAAAAAAUGUUGAAUUUCUAGCAGAAGGCGGGUACGGAAAAGUAUACAGUGCAACAUGGACUCGUGGUUGGAUUAUUGACUGGGACAUGAAAGAGAAUAAUUUUAUAAGAGAACCCAGAAACGUGGCACUUAAAAUCUUUAAUAAUAAUAAUUUCUCUAAAAAUGAAAUCUUUCAAGAAGCAAACUGGAAUCAAAUAUUCACUAGAGAUCGAACUGUCAGAAAUUUUGUUGUUUUGGGUUUAGGUUUUACAAAGAAUGAAGAAGGUGAAUAUAUGAUUGUUUUCGAUUUCUGUGAAGGAGGUGAUUUACGAGCUUAUCUUCAAAAGCAUUACAAAAACAUGAGUUGGAAGGAUAAAAUUGGGUUGGCCUGGAAUAUCUCCGUCGAUUUAUAUAGAAUUUCGGAGACAGGAUCAAUCCACGGUGAUUUACAUCCAGGUAAUAUACUUUUACUGAGGAAUGGGGGCAGUUGGGUUAUCUCUGACCUUGGAACGUGUGAGUCUGUAGAUGCACAAAAAGAACAAAUGGAAGUUAAAGGUGUACCUCCCUACAUAGCACCCGAACUUUUGGAAGGUUAUCGCAAAACAAAAGAAUCUGACAUAUAUGCUUUCGGAAUUAUUAUGUGGGAAAUAAGUGCUGGAUGUGCACCUCUCGGUGAUCGAUCUAUUGAUCGUGUACGCAUUUCACUCGGCCUUCGGCCUCCCAUAGUUCCCGGAACACCAAAGAUAUAUGCUGAUUUAAUGCAAAACUGUUGGGCAGCGAAUCCCCGUGAUCGUAUUUCCGCAAAGGACGCAGCGAAAACUCUUCAAGUACUAAUGAGAAAUAUGAUGGAGAAUAAUUUUGUGGACGAAUAUCCGGUUGAGGAAAAUCAGUCAUGUAAAUCACAAGAAUCAGAUUCUAGCACUCAUCGAACUAGUAAGGUGUUCCGUCGGCAACUAAAUGCAGUUUUGGACACAUAA